AUGAGCGACGCGGCCGAGAUAGCAGCUCGCCGCUCGCCCGGGCGCUGCGCCUCGCUGCCGCUGCGCGCGUCGAUCCACGAGCUGGUACAAAACAAGCAGCAGGCGCUGUGCGGUGGUGUGCCGCAAGAAAAAUGCGAGGCGCCCCAGGUCCUUCGCAGCGUGCAGAGUGCAUCACGGCUUCGAAGCCGCCGGCAGUCGACGACCAGCAGCACCGAUGUCGACCCACUCGAGACGCGCCAUCGCCGGGUGUCGACGACGCACCCGGACAUUGUAGACGCGAAGGGGCGCCCGGUCGUCGGAGUCGCGUAUGGCAAAGGCACGCUGCAGUACGUCAAGUUCAGCUCAACCGAAGCGCCGCCAGCAUCGCACGCGCCACCGCCGCGCUGCGGGUUUUGCCACGGCAACAACAUGCUCUGGCAGCUCCAGUGCUCCUUCUGCGGCUGCCAGCGCAUGCGCGAGGCACCGCGCAUGCACUAUGUGGUCAACACGCUUUUGAGCCUCGAUCCCCACAUCACUGCGAGCAAGAUGGCACGCAAGCUGUUGCGCUACGCCCAGUUUGACGCCGAGGCCCUGAAAGCCGACGCCGCGUUCCGCCAAGCGACCAUGGUGCGGACCCGCGUCGCGAUGAACAUCAUGAGUCGGACCUCGGACACGCUGCGCUUCCACAUCAUGCGCAUGAUCUUCAAGGCGUGGCACAAGGUUCGCGCCGAAGCGACGGCGAGCGAGGACAUCAUGGCGCGCCUCAUCCGCAUCAAGGACAUGCAAGCGCGGUCGCGGCGCAAGGCCGACACGUUCCGCGCAUGGGCCGCGUUCCGAGACAUGUGCCAGGAGCAGCGUGCGCUUCGCUGGACGAUCGCGCUCGACAAACGCCGCAAACUCGCCAAGCAGCGUGUGUGGAUGCUCUGGAUGCGGUUCGUGACCAAGCGGCUUCGAAAGCGCUGCCAACGCAUGAAGGACACUCUUUUGUCCAACAACCAAGCCCAGACGGCCGAGGAGCUCGUCAAGGCCAAGAGCUUGCUCAACGAAGUCAAAGGCUCGUUGGUCAUGGCCAUGGACCAAAUCGUCGCCGUGACGACCCAGCUCAUGCCACUUGUCGAUCUCCGCCUCCAGCAGCUACUGCACUAUAAAGCCCUUGCACCCGACACGGUCGCGUACGCCCUCGAACCCACGUGCGCAUCGUCGGUCAUGGACGCACUCAUGGUCCACGACCUCUCGCUCGUCGCCGACAUGACCGUGCCCAAAAUGGACGUGCCGUUCGCCUCUAUUACGACGCUAAACGUCGUGGCAGCGCGGGUCACGGCCGAGCCCCCGCAUGCGAUCGUCUUGCACUGGAUUAACGCUGCGAUCACGAGCAUCAACGCGACUGCAUCGCUCACGGUACUCGCGCCGCUACCGACGCUCAGCGACGUCUACCUGCACAUGGCGUCGCCCAAGCUCCUUCUCCACUUGCUGUGGUAUUUUGUACCUGCGUCCAAAGCAGCGUACGACAAGCGGUGGGACGAAGCUUGUCAUCGCGACCCGCUGCUCGCCACAAGCACACACCACACACUACACCGCGCGCAGUGGAAGCUCUUUUUUGAGCUGGCGGCGAUGUACGCAGCGCUUGGGCACGAGCUGGCGACGCGCGACGACAUGGAAAGCAGCGACUUUAGCGCCUACUACUUGGUGCUCCUCCAUUUGUUUGUGCAGUUUCACGACCUCUCGGUGACACCGCCUGGGGACGCACCGACGAGCGAGCUGCACUUGUCAAUCGACGGCGUCUGGGCCGCACUGCGCCCCGAUAUCUUUCCAGCGUACGAGUCGGACGCGGCGACGCGCGAGAGUUGCCGCAACAUUUUACGCGACCUCCAGACGGUCCAGCACGCCCAAGCCCACGCGCUGCGACUGCACCACGCAACGGCACUUAUCGUGGGCCAGCACACCCAGCACACGCUCGCGUAUGGCUUCGAGGACGUCGCACGCCGCAGCAGCGGGCGAUGUACCAAUGUGCAAGUGGCACUCGACAAGCAGCGCCUCGCCGCGUCCGUGGCGCUCAACUACAGCCGCCUCGAGUUCAUGUGUCCGGCCCCAGACGACUUUAAAGCGAUCCAGAGCCUCCUCCAGACGCACGUGGUGCCGCUCCUCGAUUUGUUCAAGAGCUGCGGCGUCAGCGCCGGUGGGUUCUCGCUCUCAGAGCACGAAUUUUGCAAGCUGAUCGCCGACACGGGUGUCUUUGAUCGCAAACUCAUGGCGCGCGGCUAUCUCCAAGUGCUUGUGCAGCACACGACCGAUGUCCACGACAACGUCGGAGCCGAGCGCAGUCUCUCGACGCACGAGUUUGCAGAAGCCAUUGUCCGCGUCGCGCACCACUUGAGCCAGAAAGCCGCCACGACCGACGCGCCGCCGUCGCUCGUGGGUAGCGUCACGGACUUUGUCGAGAGCAAACUCUUGAAGCUCGCGGCCGAGCGCGCGAAGCAGAGCCUGACGCUCUUCAAGCGCCAACUGGGCGCCUCGGACGUGCAAGCGGUCGUGCGCGCCGCUGACAAGAAGCUCAAAAAGGUAUUUGCGUUCUACGCUGUCGAGCACCGGGCCAAGAGCAUGAACCUCGCGGAAUUCAGCAGCUGGUUGAAAGACCGGCAUUUGAUCGACGCGAUCUUUCCGGUCGCGCGCGCCAAGCUCGUCUUUCUGAGCGCGAUGCACCACACGGAGGCGACCGUCUCGCCUAACGACCUCGAGCUCGACUUGACGUUUGGCGAAUUCAUUGAAGCCGUCGUCGCCGUGGCCGUGUACCGCAACCCGAACCCAUAUCUGCCGCUGGCCGACCGUCUUCACCUCUUCUUCAACGACCACUUGUCAUCCUGAGACAACUGGAGGUGGAGGAAUCGCCCAAAUCUUAGGGUUUAAGUGUGCUGUUAACCCUUCAACGCCUU